GGGGUUUGCGUUCGGAUUCAUCAUUAUCACAUCACGUUGAAUGCGAACCUCCUGCCUGCUUGCCUAUACCAACUGUUCUGUGAGGGCACGGUAAGGGUCCUGACUGUGCGGACGGAGACGGCGGCGGGAAAAAGCGAAAGCCCUCUCGUCUCGCGCUCAGAGCAAAACAGAGUUGCGUGCGUGUGAGUGCGGAAAGAUAUCGAAGCAGCAGCUCGAUCAGCGAAACAAGUACAUGAUGGGUGAAGUGCGCGCCGUAUAGGUUACCUACCCGCCGAGGUGUGGAUUGGUUAGGGAACGGAAGACGGCGAAACGACGACGAUAGCGGAACGCGCGCAUCAGCAGCAGCAGCAGCAGCAACAGCAUGAGAAACUUCUUUCUCAAUUUCUCAUAGUCAUAUCUGCCAAGACUGUCGUGGAAGAAACAUCUCUUCUUCGGUCGUUCGUGGUCCGCCGUACGCCCGACGAUCACGCAGCAAGCCUAGCUUUUUUGCCUGGAGUUUCCUCACAGCGUUGGAGAGACGUGCCGUGUAUCAGAGGAGGAUUUUUACACACUUUGUAUGUUGUGCGCGGGCGCGUGUGUUCAAGAUCGAAGACUUGAUUGGAUUUUAAGUGUUGGAAGAUUUUUUAUGUGGGAUGAUUUUUGAGCCUGAAUGGACUCAAAGCUGAUAUUUGGAAGAAGUCUAUUUUUAGUGGAAAAAAUACAACGAAAUUUUGUGCAAACAGUUCAACCAAAACUUGUUAAGAAAAAUCGAAGAACGUGGGAGCUCAAGCGAAGCAAGCCAUGUAGCAAUUGUAGAAGUGUGACACAACUGAAGCAAUCGGAUGAAGCGAACCAAUUUGAAGUGCCUUGUUUUGCAAAACAGAGUCUGAAGUGAUGAAAUGAUUUGACGGAUUAUGUGACCUUAAGCAAAUUGGAUGGUGGAAGAAGAUAGUGCCUUUGGGAAGAGCAAAACCAAGUACACAAAUAAAGUGCAAUUAAAGAUUUAUCAACGAACGGGGUGAAGAAGCUUAAGAACUGUAUCACCGUUUUGAAGGAGCUGCCACGCAGAGAAUCACUUCCACCGAGACGACCGUGUUUGGGCCGUUGUGUGGAGCAGCCGAGGAAACAUCCGCUCUCGAAGCACUCAAGGUAAUUCAUCAACGAUUGGACCAACACCCACCAAAUAUUUUCCGGAAUGAACUACGGCCAAAGAAAUCAUUAUGAAAACCAUAGAUCGCAACCAGCCAUGGAUCUGCGCCGGUUGUCGUCCCACUCGGACUCCUCGCAGGAACCGAUGGACAUGAGCUCCGCAAACCGAACGGCCAACAUCAGCAGCAGUAGCAGCACCAGCAGCAGCAGCAAUGUCAGCGACGCCAACAGCUCCUCCCUAAACAACAACAACAAUAACCACCACCAGCUCCUCAGCAAAGCCCUCAGCAACCACCAGCACAGUCGCAGUCAGCAGCACACCAGCACUGACGACCAUUCCGACAAUGCGGACUCGGAUGAACAUCAGCGACAGCCAUACUCUCUAUCAGCACUGACAAAAGAGCAGCAGCGCGAGGUCCUGCAGAACGUGCUGCGCCGCAAAGCCCGCCUUGAGUACGGCCUGGAGGUGGAUGCCGCCGAAAAGGUGGCCAAAGCCUACAUGGAAAACAACAACAGCGUCUGCCCCAGCUGCCCCAUCUGCGGCGUCAUCUCCCUGAGCAAGCAUGACCUAACGGAGCACAUCCGGUCGAAGCACAAUAACAACAAAACUGGCACCACCGGGGACAACGGUGAGGGUCAGUUUGUGUGCAAGGUCUGCUCCAAGGUGCUCUCGUCGGCGUCCUCGCUCGAUCGGCACGUGCUGGUACACACGGGGGAGCGGCCAUUCAACUGCAAGUACUGCAACCUCACCUUCACAACCAAUGGGAACAUGCACAGGCACAUGCGAACCCAUAAGCAAUCGGAACGGGAGAGCUACGAAAGCGACGGAUCGACGGACAGCGGAGGGAGCAGCGGUGGCAGCAGUGGCUUGGCCAACAACAACAACAAUUCCUACAACAGCAACUACGACGGCGAGGGAAAGCGAAAGAACUCGGAUGAAAACGUGCACUACAAGCGCAAGAUCCGGACCAUCAACAACAACAUCCUGGACGGCAGCGUGACAGAGGGUGUGCAAAAGUUCUGCUGCCCAGUUUGCAUCCGAAACGAUUUCUCCAGCAUGGUCAGCUUGGAAAACCACAUGGACCGGGAACAUCCGCAAAUUCCGGCCAAAUGCAGACACUGCGAAGUGGUUUUCAAGAGCUACAAAGCGCUAAACGCGCACCGUUGCGGCAACAACAACUACCAAAACAUUAUGCCUGGAUUCAAAGAUUUGACGUUCGUCGACUUCUCCAGCGAAAAGUUCCCCCUCAUCGCGAAGAGUGUCUGCGAGCAGAGCAUCCGAACUCCUGUCACCAGUCAGAAGUUCGAAUGCGACAAGUGCUAUCGGGCCUUCCCGUGCUCGAAAACACUCGACAUGCACAUGAAGGACUGCGGCGUACUGGACAACAGCUUCAGCAGCCCCGCCAGCAAACGCAAAUGGAAAACCAGCGAAGGCUCGUCGGAAGAGGACGUCAAGCGGGACGAUUUCUUCGCCAAUCUGGACCUUCAAAACAAAUCCAUGUCCACCAACAUGUCCUCGAACGUGUCCGAGGCCCCGACGACGCCUUCUUCGCUGGACAAGUCCUUCUCCUCGCCCGUCGUUUCGCGAGAAAUCAAACAGGAAUCGACGACCUACUACCAACAUAGCGGUGCCAACUUCCCCACCCAGCAGGACACCAAAGAUCUUGCCGACAUACAGUCCAUCAUCAACGUAACCUCAUCGGGCAGUUUCUUCCGUCAGUUGGACAAAGACCCGUACCCGCCCCUCAAGGACGAAGAGGAAGCUCAAGAUGCCUUCACGGCGGAAUUCCGCAAGAUGAAACUCCGCGGCGAGUUCCCGUGUCGUCUUUGCACCGCCGUCUUUCCAAAUCUGCGCGCUCUGAAGGGGCACAACCGCAUCCACGUGUCGGCCGCUGGCCCUGGCCCUUACCGCUGCAACAUGUGCACCUACAUGAUAAACGACAAAGCGACCCUCAUCCGGCACAUGCGAACUCACAACGGAGACCGACCGUACGAGUGCGCCCUCUGCAAUUACGCCUUCACGACGAAAGCCAACUGCGAGCGCCAUCUACGCAAUCGACACGGCCGCACUAGCCGGGACGAAGUCAAGCGCGCCAUCAUCUACCAUCCCUCGGAGGACUCGUCCUGCGAAGAUCCGCUCAAGAAGAUGCAAAUGUUCAACACCCCACCCACCGACCUCGAACGGGACGUCGACGUGGAGCACCCCAAAGAUCGCAGCACGCCCGUCCUGAGCCACAAUGAUAUGCGCGUCAUAGCCAAACCGCUGAACCUAGUCACCAAAAUCGACAGCAACCCGAUGCCUACCACUCCUGCCAAGAUCCAGGUCAAGAGUUUGGAGAAGUUGAACCAGCUGACACCUCCGCAAGAGGAACCCUACGGCAUCCUCGACUUGAGCAAUAAACCGAAACCGAUCACCCGCAAAGAGGACGAUUCCGAUUGCUGUGUUUCGGAGGAUGACGAUGAUGAAAACGACGAGGAUGAAGACGACGAAGAUGACGGCCGCCGAGACGAUGACGCUGAAGAUGAGGACGAAGAAGAUCAGCAACAACCAGCCAAAAUGCCGAAACUGGAUCUCAUGUUUGAGAAGCAGCAGCUGCAGCUGGUGCAUCAAAAACUAUUCAGUGAAGCCCUCACGGACCCCAACCGCUACUUCCAGCUCAGUCAACUGUACAGCCGCUGCGGCUUCCCGGCAAUGCCAUUCCCGCUUCCACUGUUCCUGAAUAACCCUCUUCUGUGCGCUCCGGGAGCCCUCGGCGAUAUGAAAAACUUCUUCCCCAAAGAGUUUCCCGCCAUGUUGCCGCAAAUGUCCGGCGGAAGCCUCGUCGGGAAACCAUUCCUCCCGUCGUCGGAAUCGCCCAACCCGAUACCCUCAAUGCCCCUAUCCGUGAAACUCCCGUCACCGGAAUCGUCGUCAAAGCCCAAAUACAUCCCCCACCCCUCAAUUCCCCAGUCCGUGAAUCACAACCUCCCGUCUCCGGUAUCGUCGCACACACCUCCACCGCCGCCACCCCCCGCGAUGCCAACCAUUCCCAUCGGGAACGGCCCCGUCAAAAUGGUCAUCAAGAAUGGAGUCCUGAUGCCAAAGCAAAAACAACGCCGCUACCGUACGGAGCGGCCCUUCGCCUGCGAGCACUGUUCGGCCCGGUUCACACUUCGUUCGAACAUGGAGCGGCACAUCAAACAGCAGCAUCCCCAGUACUGGUCCCAGCGGCAGCGCGGGGGCCACCACAUGAUGCGAGGUCGCGGAGCAAGCCACCAUGCGGGCAUGUCGGGCGGCCAUCAUCACCCGCCAUCGGCAAUGUCGGCCACCACGGUGGCGGCGACGGCGGCUGCGUCGCCAUUUGGCAGCAUCUCCGAGCAGGUCAAGUACGCCAUCUUGGCACAGCAGUCAGGAAAGGCAGGCGGUCGCACAGGCGAGGGCAGUGCGAUGAGCAGCAUGCUUCACAAUAUCAUUGCUCAAGGACAGAAUCCGUAUCAGGCUCUGCAGCAGGAGCACCAGCAGCGAAUGCAGCUGGAGAUGCAGCAGAAGGUUCAGCAGCAGCAACAACAACUGGGCCGAUCGAACAUCAGUCUCAGCGGAAUGAGCAAUAACAACGGCCACGGGGAGGACCUUGAGGAGGAAGAAGAUGAGCGCGAGUUGGUGAUUGACGAAGAAUUUCACCCGGAGGAUUUGAGCAAGGGCACGGAAUCGGAAGAUGAAAGACCCACAAAGAAGGAAAGUCCGGUGUUUCAGCAUCAGAUUUUGAAGCAGAAACUGGAAGAGAGCAAGGAGCAGAGACAGCAAGCAGCUAAGGCCGUAGCAGAGAAUAUUCUGGAGCAGGCGAUGCGCCAGCACAAGCAGCUGGACAGAGAAAAGGAGAAGGAGGCAGCCAAGGAUGCGGACAGCGGAAAGGACGAGAGUGAUUUGGUUUCGGUUUCCAAACUGGUGGACAACGCAACGAACGUGGCGUUCGAAAACUAUUUUAGCAGACCUGAUGUUCCACUGUCACAGGACCAGAGUGAUGAGGAGGGCUUGGUGGCAUCCGGAUCGGCUUCGGAGAGUAACAACUCCGGCACAGACGAUCCCAAUCCAUCGUCUCUCCAGCAGAAAAAGAAAUCCGCGUACAGUUUGGCGCCCAACCGCGUCAGCUGUCCGUACUGUCAGCGGAUGUUCCCGUGGUCCAGCUCUCUCCGGCGUCACAUUCUCACGCACACCGGCCAGAAGCCGUUCAAAUGCUCUCAAUGUACGCUGCUCUUCACUACAAAAUCCAACUGCGAUCGGCACCUGCUGCGAAAGCACGGUGACGUUGAAUCGGCCAUGUCGAUUCCGGUGCCGAUCGAUGACCUGCUGGACCCGAAACCGGAGCCCGUUCCGGUUGCCGUCGCCGAAGCCAUUGCCAAAUCCAAAGCCACUCCACCAACUUCCCGCCCAGUCAGCCCAAAGCCCCAACCUGCUCAACCCACAGAAGAACACAAGCAAAUCACCCCCGAAGCGGAACCGGAUGAAGCUGAAGCAAUCGCGUCACACGACCCGCCGAAAAUCAAGCAAGAACCCUCCGCCGAUGAAGAGCCUCACAUUUCACUGGAUGACCCCAGCAUCCCUCCGAUCAACUCCGAUCUCCCGUUCAAGUGCCACCUGUGCGACAGUUCCUUCACCGAUCGAGUCUCCUGCCUGGAUCACAUCAAGCUGGUGCACGCGCAUGACUUUGCGCUGCUAAUGAACAAAGUGACGCUGGAAGCGGACAGUGAAGCCCCCUCGGCCUCGCCCGACGACGACGAGAGCGGCAACAAUGGCGAAGGUGGCCGGGGUGGAAAGUACCCCGACUACGCCAAUCGGAAGGUAAUCUGCGCCUUUUGUCUGCGUCGCUUCUGGUCGACGGAAGAUCUGAGGCGCCACAUGCGUACGCACUCCGGCGAGCGGCCGUUCCAGUGCGAAGUGUGCAAACGCCGAUUCACCCUGAAGCACAGUAUGCUGCGGCACCAGCGGAAACACAAGUGCGGCCGCCUGAACGGAAGUCUGUCGAAGGCAGCGGCCGCCGCUGCCGGUGGCAACAGUUCCGACCUGAGCGACGACGAACCGGACCAUCCGGUCACGCUAACGGCCAUGGCCCGGUCCAAGUCACUGCUGAGCAAUUCGGACCUGAUUGGCAACCUGCUCGGCAUCAACGAUCAGGGCAUCCUGAACCGGAUGCUGCUCGGGUCCGCUUCGGAAGCGGCCAAAUUGCUCGGCGUCGAUAAGUAAGUCCGGGAGGGGCGUGGCGGGCGAUGGAGGGAAGCAUAGAAGCCGUGAAAUUCUAGUCAUUUUCGAUUUUUUUUUGUUACAUGAUUUCUAAAAACAAACACAUUGAAACGAGUGAUCUUGCGUGUAAAUAGAUUUCUAUAUGGAAUGCUCUCCUUAGGGGCGGUUCUUUGAAGGGUAUUAGGACCUCGAAUAAUGCGUCAGCUUGGUCGCUGGUAGGAGUUGGAUCGCCAAAUUCCACAAAAUAUCAAUUCUAAUUCAUAACAAAAAUAUAAUAUGCCUUAACAGACAUCGAAAAUCAAAAAUUCAACUAGCGAGUAAGGGUUGUGUAGUGUGGUAGGUAUUUAUUUCAACAAUAAGUGGUAAGAGAUGCAGAGAGAGAGUCCUACAACAGGGCGUUGUAAUUUAUAUUUAGGAAGCAGCCUUUUUACGCAUGAACCGAAGUGGCUUAUAAACAAUAGUGACGAGUAGCUAAAAUUGUACUUAAAUCGCUCAUCGCCGUUCUUUUGCGGCAACACUGGAGCAGUACAGAGAGAAUCAAAAUUUGUUGUUUAGAGAUAAUUUAUGAAUUUAGGGAAGGAAAAUAGUAGCCGUCGUUCAGACAUAUUGUUUUAUUGAUAGGACUAGGCCGUUUGUUGCACUGAACGAAAACACCAAGCUUGUUUCAUUAUUUUAGUUAAGUGUUCUCUCUUAGAGUUUGUUUUAGUUGUUUUAUGUUUUACCUCAAUCAGAUUGCAUAAGUCAGCGUUUUUAAGACUGUUUUAUUCUUUUUUACAUUCCUCUUUUUAUUGCAAAUAUGCUUAAUAUUUAGUUUAGGACGUAGUCAUGAUUAUUUUUUACGAACAGAUCAACUGCUUCAUUAAAAAACUUUUUAGGUUUCCCAUUGCUCAUAUCAUUAUAAGAAUAUACUUUUAAACAAAAAUACACAAAGUGUGUGCGUGCAUACUAGCGUUAUAAUUUACCGACACGUGGAAGAAACGGAUGUGCCUCUUGUAGAAAACGGAUUUUUAAUCAUUCUUCUAAUCUACUUAAAAUAAAUGAUAGCAAUUAAGAACAUUUCCCUCCCUCUAAGAGGCUCUGAGCCUUAUUCGUGCAGCGAUUCUCUAGCAACGUUUGUUUGUCCUGUCCCCACCUAUGACGCGGGGGAUCUCCCCCAUAGUAGUUGUACAUACAGAGUACUUAAAACCAAUUUUUAGGCUUUUUAUUAUUUAAUUUUAUUAUUUACUAUUGUCAAUAAUUGAUUCGCGUGUGAAAAGACUUAAACCGAAACAAUAUACAGCAGAUAACCAAAGUUGCGAAAGACGAUGACCGCGGGAGCCCGUAUCCGGGUUGUGUUCGGGAUCGAAACCACACCCGUAUGAGAAAAGGGAAAACAAUUUUUUUCGAGUGCAAUUCAUAGCAAAGAGAACGACUUUUUUUCUAUUAACUUAAUAAAGAAGAAACAAAUUUAUGGGAAUUCCAAAGAUGAAAAGAACCUAAUUUUACGUUCAUAACUUAAAUAAAACCGAACAACGCAAGUCAAGGAUGUGUACUUUUCAUACGUUCACAAUACGAAGAAACCUAACCUUAGAUAAAAAAAAACUUUAACCUUCAAGUGCCAUCGAAGAAAAAGUGCGUGCGCCAAGCACCGGAAAGACGUUUAUUGCUCAUUCAGUUUGACCUAAUGUAAAAAAAAACGCAGCGAUCAAAGCCAACUCGUCUUAUCUUAGUUCUGCACUACAUAAUUCGGUAAAAUUCUCCAAUUCAAACGAAAAGAAAAGGAAUGGAAGAUCGUGACGUGCGAUGACACGAGGACAGAAUAAAUCAUAAUAACUUAUUAUUAGGAACAUUGUUACAAACAUCCACGGCACGAUUCGGUGCCGGUCCUUGCUAAUUCCUCUGAAUGACGAUGAUGGGCGGACGUUUGUGAACAGUUUUGCAGCCAAGAAAAAAAAACACACAUUCACUAUCAAUGUCGGAUAAGUUACGGAAACUACGAUUCAAACUUAACUCUUAACUUAAAAGCAUAGUUACUUAUAUAUUAUAUAUAUGAAUAAAACAUGAUCUAUGAUUGAAAUAUAUCAAUAAACUUUUGAAAAGAUUAAA